AUGCCCAACAGAAAAUAUAUCCUGACCGCAAAUCUGGAUAGUAAAAUCCAGAUUAAGGAAAUUGUCCUCACACAAGGGAGGUCGGGGAUUGGGUCCCGACAGCGGAAGGAGGGCAAUAAUUGUCACGAUUGCGCCGUAAAAUGGUCUGUUGAUCAAGGGACCGCUAUUGAUUGUCUCAUUAACUUGACCCUGACCUUGUACAAUUCGAAAACGGGCAACCCUUUAAACGGGGCUCCGUGCUCGUUCUUGGCACACAGAGAGAGAGGUAUCUUGAGGCACUCUCUGUCACCAUCUUCCUUCUCGGAUCCGAAACCUUCCUUCUCGGCUCCGACCAUCGGCGAUUCAGGUGUUUUCCAGCAACCUCCCUCGACCUUUUCGUUAAUGCUCAUGAACUUUUCAUCUGAUUCGAGAUCGCUGUCGCUAUCGCCUUCAUAA